GCCACCAUGGAAGAUACAACCAAGUUUAGCAAUACAGAGGAGUUGGCAGAGGGGUCUGAGAUCAACGCGAGCAAAAAUAACAAUAAAAUAUUUAUUGGAGGCUUGAGCUGGGAUACAAGCAAGAAAGAUCUGACUGCGUAUUUGUCUCAAUUUGGGAGAGUUGUAGACUGCACAAUUAAAACAGAUCCAGUCACUGAAAGAGCAAGAGGAUUUGUGCUUUUCCAAGAUGCUGCUAGAGUUGAUAAGGUUUUGGAACUUAAAGAACACAAACUGGAUGGCAAAUUAAUAAAUCCCUAAAGGGUCAAAGCUUUAAAGAGGAAAGCCCCUAAAAAGGUGUUUGUGGCUGAAUUGAGCCCCGAUACUUUUGAAGAACAAAUUAAAGAAUAUUUUGGAGCCUUUGGAGAUAUUGAAAACACUGAACUUCCCAUGGAUACAAAAACAAAUGAAAGGAGAGGAGGAUUUUGUUUCAUCACAUACACAGAUGAAGAUCCAGUCAAGAAACUUGUUAGAAAGCAGAUUCCACAAAUUGGUUCUGGGAAGUGUGAAAUCAAAGUUUCACAACCCAAAGAAGUAAAUCAGCAGCAACAGCAACCACAGGAAGGAGAAGGGCGCUGCAGCUGGGGUUCGAGGUGGACCCAAGGAUGUAACAACUAUUACAAUCAAGGAUGUGGAAAUUACCAUAGUGCCUAUGGUGGUGAUCAGAAUCCUAGUGGCUAUGGCAGAUAUGCUUGUGCGGGGUACAAAUGCAGGGACUAUGGAUACAGACAGAGAUAUGCAGACCACCUUGGUCAGCAGAGCACUCACAGCAAGCUGUCUCGAGGAGGUGGCAGUCACCAAAACAGUUACCAGCCACACUAA